CGAGGUCCUAAAUCUUUCCAGGUUCUGGCCCGAGGGUCUUCUUCCCUCUCCCCCCUAAUUUAUCUGUCACUCCACUCCCUUCUGCACUCGCGUCUCAUUUUCUGUCUACGUUUCAGUCAUAGAUCUCUUUCGACUUUACACCUUUCUGUCUUCCUCCGUCCCUACACAGCUCCCCCAUUGAAGUGCCCAUAAUGGCCGACGAGAAGCCCCAGACUGUCCCCGAGGCCCAGACGCCCGCGGAGAACAAGCCCGAGUCAGAGACCGCCCCGGAGACGGCCAAGGUUGACGAUCAGCCCGGCACUGUGGCCGAGUCGGAAGCCGCUGCGGUUGUUCCAUCAGCCGAACCCUCUGGUAGCAAGGAGGAGGGCGCCACUCAACCCUCGGCUCCCACUCCUGCUGCCGACUCCACGGAAGCCAAGGAGGAACCCGCCAAGGAAGAGACCAAGGAGGUAACACAAGACGAAGCCAAGGAACCGGAAGACAAGAAAGACGAGACCAAGGUCGAACCCGCCUCUGCAACAACCGCUGAGGCCACCACCGACGCCGCCAAGGAAGACGGAGAACCACCAGCCUCGCCAAUCCAACAGCUCUGGGCCGCCGCCCAAGAGCACAAGCACGGGGAAAUCUGGGGCGUCGACCUCGCCGACCCGGAAACCCACAUCCCCUCGCAGAUCGUGUUCCAGAAGUACCUCAACGCCAACGACGGCGUCGUGGCCAAGGCCAAGGACCAGCUCGUCAAGACGCUCGACUGGCGGGCCGAGGCCAAACCGCUCGAGCUCGUCGGCAAGGCCUUCAGCAAGACCAAGUUUGAUGGUCUGGGCUACGUGACCACCUAUUCUGCCUCGGAGGGGGGGACGGACCCGGAGAAGCGGGAGGUGUUUACUUGGAAUAUCUAUGGCGCUGCCGUUAAGCGCGUUGCUGAGACGUUUGGCGACCUGAACGAAUUCAUCGAAUGGCGCGUCGCCCUCAUGGAACUCGCCCUCCAAUCCCUCAACAUCAAAGACGCCACGACCCCCAUCACGGCCGACAAAGACCCCUACAAGAUCUACCAAGUGCACGACUACCAAUCCAUCUCCUUCCUCCGGCAAGCCCCCGAGGUCAAGGCCGCCAGCACCAAGACCAUUUCUGUGUUUGCGCAGAACUACCCGGAGCUCCUCCGCGAGAAGUUUUUUGUGAACGUCCCCGCCAUCAUGGGCUUCAUGUACGCCUUCUUCAAGCUCUUCGUCGCCGCCAAGACUGCCAAGAAGUUCCACCCGCUUUCGUCUGGUGCCUCCCUUGCCCGGGAGCUGGCCGAGUCCCCCGUCGACGGUCUGGGCGAGAAGUUGCCGCUGGCGUAUGGUGGGAAGGGCGGCGAGUUGGCGUCGCAGGGUAGGGGGCCUGAGCUGGCUUGAGACCCCUGGAGGAGAUGAUAGGUAGACCGGGCGGUGGACGGCAUAGAGCGGGUUGUGCGCUUUCGCCUGGCCUCGCAUGAACCGAUGUUGUGGGUUCGGGCUGCGUGAAUUGACUUGUCUACUGAUUACGGGAGGAUAAUUAAUACUCGUAUCGGUGCAACCCUGCCCGAACGGGUCCUUUGGCAUAGGGUCAUUUUGUUUGCUAAUACCUUGUACUUAUACUGUUACAACGUUAGAUACACCAUCUUGUCGAGAAGACUUAAUUACUGUACGAGGCUCGACCCUGCCGAAACAACGGGCGGCGUACUUAUGCCAGGCUUCCAAUGGUGGUCCUCCGGUUGAAAUAGUCAUUAAGAUUAAGUAUACUGUCGC